CGAGAAAUGAAACUGAAAGAUGCCGGAGAAGGGAAGACUUUGUUAAAAAUAGAAUCAGCCGGUUUCAUUUCUAUGAUCCGAUCCGGAGGAGACAGAGGUUUAUUAUUCCUCACUAGAGUCUGUCCGGUUAUAUUUUCUAGUGGGAAGGAGGAAAAAAAGACACAUUAAAGGUGAUCUGUCCCUAGUGACAUUCUAUACUCUGUUCAGCAAUGAAUAUGGAAUAUGUCUUUACAAGAAGUGGAACUGAGAAAGUAAAAAUACUUGUGUACCGCACCACAUACUUCUUGCAUCGUCACUGGCAACAUGUAUUCUUUUUUUGCGCUCUUCUUCUAUUUUAUGAGCUGGAACACAAAAGAACCAAGACAUUUAUAGCCUUCUGGUACAAGACCAAAAUGUAUUUGGGUGACCGCUGUCAGUGGGGCUUUCAGAUGUUUCUUAAAUUGACAAAGAAAGGGGCAGAGAAAAUGAAAACAGGUUGGGACUUGACCAUAAAAAUCUUUGCUGUUGCUCUUCACCUAUUUAUUGAACUGACAAAGAAAGGGGCAGAGAAAAUGAAAACAGGUUGGGACGUGACCAUAAAAAUCUUUGCGGCCGCUCUUCGCCUAUUUAUUGAACUGACAAAAAAAGGGGCAGAGAAAACGAAAACAAGUUGGGACGUGACCAUAAAAAUCUUUGCUGUUGCUCUUCACCUAUUUAUUAAUCUGACAAAGAAAGGGGCAGAGAAAAUGAAAACCGGUUGGGACGUGACCAUAAAAAUCUUUGUGGCCGCUCUUAACCUAUUUAUUGGACUGACGAAGAAAGGGACAGAGAAAAUGAAAACAGGUUGGGACGUGACCAUAAAAAUCUUUGCGACCGCUCUUCACCUAUUUAUUGAACUGACAAAGAAAGGGGCAGAGAAAAUGAAAACCGGUUGGGACGUGACCAUAAAAAUCUUUGCUGCUGCUCUUCACCUAUUUUUUAAACCGUUUAAAAAACUGAUCCGCUGGGUGAAGAGUUUCGUAGUGACCUCCUACAACAAGUUUACUGCAGAUCCUUGGAAGUUAAUUUUCUUUAUCCUUCUGCUGGUUUUAAUUGUUAUGAUGGGGCUUAUGAAUUACCAGCUGUUCCUUCAAAGGAGCCUAUUACUAGAAGACCGGAGGAUCUAUCGAGAGGACAUAAGACAGUUAAUUCAUCAACGAAACCAACUGACUUCUGAAAGUUGGCAGUUACGAAGAAUAAUUCAGGAAUCAGAUGAAUCUUCGUCCGGCUUUGUCUACUUUGCCAAAAAAGCAGCAAAUAUUCUAGAACUUGCAGCUCCAUUUGUAAAAUAUUUUUGGUAAAUACUCUGUAUUAAAGGCCAACUUCACUCAAA